AUGCUCCCCCUCACAGUUGGCAAACUGUUUAUACUUGUGUAUUUGGUGAACACAGUCGCCAGUGUUCUUACCUUUUUUCAUUUUGUCGUUUUGGUUCAACCCGCGGCGAUGUUUCAGCGCCUCCGCGACGCUAUCGACUCUCGCAUUGCAGAGGAACAAGCCCGCCAAAAGUCCGCCCAAGAUAACCUCUCCCGAUCCAAUUCCGCUCGUCACCCGCCUAGUGCUUCCCGCUCCCGCCCGAGACGUAAUACUGGCACCCCCGUGAGAGGACCCGACCCCAAAGAAUUCGAGGCCGAGUUCACCAUUGGUGACGAGGAUGAGUCCAGUCGCUCAGGUACCCCCCAACUUGCCACAACAGGGGCUGCUUCGGAAGUAGGUGCCAACGAAGAGAGCGCAGAGAUGGAAGGCAAGACGGCAGAUGAGCCUGAGAAAGAGGCACAGGAGAAGGAUCCCAAGGAGGUCAAAGAGAUCUCGGUGGAACUUCCCCCUGAUGUCCGGGCGAAACUCCGUCGACUUGAUAAGUUGGAGUCGCGAUACCAUGAAUUGCUCAAGGCUUAUCGCAUGGCUCACUCGCGCGUCCUCUCCAUCGAACCCUUUGAAGCAGCUUUGCGCGAGAACACUCCUCUCACCUCGAUCGGCGAACCCAAAGCUUUCACGGAAUAUCUCAACCAAUCGACCCUCAAAAGCGACAUGGUCAUGGAGGAGUUGAAGCGCGUCACUGGUGAAAGGGAAGACUUCAGAAAGAAAUUUGAAGAAUCGGAGAAGGCGACUAAAGAGGCUUUGGACGAGGUGGCCAGCCUGAAGGAGAAGAAGCCGGAGACCGCGACAAACAAGGGAACAGACGGAACUGAAGAGACCGAGACCAGCGAAGAGUUUUUCUCGUUUGACAACGAAGUUCCCCGCUUGGAAGGCGAACUCAAGGAGAAACAAGAAGAAGUCGACACCCUAAAGACUGAGGUGAAAAACCUUAAGCGCGAUAUGUCGGUCACCCGUGAAUCGACAGAAGGCAUGGUGCAGAACUUGGAAACGGCAACGCGUGAACUCGUUGAGCUGCGGGAAACUAAAGACAAGCUAGAUGCUGAGAUCGAGACCCUGCAAACUUCUAAGAAGGCCGACAUCGAUGUCCUGAAAACCAAGCUUGCAAGUGCCGAGUCUUCUCUCAAAUCAACCAAAUCGGAAGUCGAGGAGCUAAACGCACAGCUAAAGAAAAAGAGCCAGGAAAUCGAAAAGCUCCAAAGGGAGGCAUCUGAGAAGAGCGAGCCGGAUUCCGAUCUCGCUGCUCAGCUGGAGACCGCCAAAGAGGAAAAGACUUCCAACGAGAAGAAGCUUAAUGUUCUCCAGGGCCUAGUUGACGACCUCAAGUCUCAACUCAAGGAUACCGAAGCCACGGUAUCUGCCCUGAAAACUGAAAACAAUGAACAGUCUAAUACCUCCGCCAAACACAAGGAUGUUUUCGACUGUGUGGAUGAGAGCCUGAAGGACAACCAAGCGUGGGUAUCUGUUAGGGAGAAGAUCCUCGCUGGAGAUUCAGCCGAUUUUGACGAGGUCAUCAAGAGCCUCAUUCCAGUCAAGGAAGAUCCCACUCCCGCUGCUUCUUCUCCUGCUCCGACCCAGGAGGAGCCACAACCUAUACAGGCCACCGGUGCUACCGGCGGCGGAGGAAAGAAGAAGAACAAAAAGAAGAAGAAGGGCGGGAAAGCAGAGGAACCUCCUAAGCAGGCAGAUACAGCCCCCGCAGUGCAGCCAGCCCAAGAGACGCCCACUACGCCUGUUUUAGACACCAAAGUGUUGGAAGAUCUCAAGCAGAAUAUUGAAUCUCUCACACAACAACUGUCCGAGAAGGAGGCCGCUAUUGACCGCCUCAGCUCUAAGCUGAAGGGCGAAGACGAUUUGAAAGAAGAGAUUGAGUCUCUGCGUGAUGAUCUUGUCAACCUGGGCCAGGAUCAUGUAGCGGCCAAGGAUAAGAUCAAAGAACUUUCCGCUGAGAAGGUUGCCCUCGAGGAAACAAUCAGCAAGCUCGAGAAGGAAUUGGUCGAUCUCCGCACCAGCAACGCCUCGAUCUCAUCUGACUCAGAGAAGAUGCACUCUUCUCUCAAAGAGGAAUUCGAGAGCCUCAAGGUCCGUUCCGCUAGUUUGGAGACCGAUCUGUCUGCCGCCCAGCAGUUGGCCACCACUCGUUUCAAAGAUCUUACAGACCUACGUGAAACCCUUCAGAAGGUUCAACCUGAGUUGCGCAACUUACGCGCCGAGUCCACGGAGUUAAAGACACUGAAGGACACGCUGAAUAGCAAGAACUCCGACCUCAAAGCUCUCGAAAGCAGACAUGAGGAUCUGCGCGUUGAGUUGAAGAGCGCCAAGUCAAAGAUCUCAGAGCGCGAUACCGAAGUGAGCACACUCAAUAAGAAGAUCCGACAGGAGACCGACAGCCGUCUGAAGGCCGAGGAGAACCUCAGUGUCACCCAGUCCAACCUUCGCUCUGCCGAGAGCAAGAAGCAGGAUGCCAUCAACGCCAGAGACAAGACUACCGGAGAUCUCUCUAAGGCCCAAGAUGCUUUGAAGAGCACUCGCGCCAAGAUGCGGGAGAUGGAGGAGCAAAUCUCUCAACUGAACAAAGAGCUUUCCAGCCUCCGGGAGGAGAUCCAAUUGAAGACAGCCCAGCACAGCAGCGCCCAGAGCCUGAUGAACAGCAUGCGUGAUCAGACCGGAGAAGUGGCAAUGCAAAUGAAGGAGGCUCGUGAGCGAUGCGAGAGUCUAGAUGAGGAGUUGGCUGACGCUCACCGUCUGCUGAGCGAGCGAACCCGCGAAGGCGAGACUAUGCGCCGCUUGCUCAAUGAUAUCGAGAGUCGUUCCGAGUCCAAGAUCCGGGACUUCAAGGAACGCAUGGAAGCCGCCAUCGAAGAGCGAGACCGCGCCGAAGACGAAGCGAGCACCACUGGCCGACGUCGCGCUCGCGAAAUGGAAGAACUCAAGGCUAAGGUCCGCGAAGCUGAGAGGUCCCUGCGUACAGCAGAGCAGGAUAAAGAAGAGCUCGAGCAAUCUCAGAAGGACUGGCGCCGUCGCCGUGAUGAACUGGAGUCUGUUUCUGAAAAGUCGGCCCAGGAAGUCACGGAGAUUCGCCAGGCUAUGGCUGGUCUGCGUGAAGCGCUUGACGAAAGCGAGAAGCAGGUCCGAGACCUUGAAAAGGAUAAGGCGGAACUUCGCCGCUCUGUCGAAGAGACGAAUAGUCGGUUGGAGAAGCUUCGACGAUCUCACAAGACCCUUGGCGAGGAUGUUCGCUUGCGUGGCUCUCCGUCUGGUCGGCAGUCUUCGCGCUCUUCUAUGGAUUCUGGGCGUCGGGCACUUGCAUCUCCUCGUAGCGAGACCCCUGUUGGUCCUCCUAUUAAUGCUUCUAUUGACUAUAUGUAUUUGAAGAACGUUCUACUUCAGUUUUUGGAACAGCGAGACAAGAACUAUCAGAAGCAGCUGAUUCCUGUUUUGGGAAUGCUGCUCCAUUUCGAUCGAACGGACGAGCAAAAGUGGAUGUCGGCCAUCAUGUCCAAGUGA